AUUUGUACUGUACACAUUGUUUACUUCCAGUGAUUCGUAGUUUCCAGUUAAAAAAAAAAGAUCAUUUGUCAGUGGUAUUUAGUGAAUCUGAGUCUCAUAAAACCGGAGCCGCUGCUACUGUAGCGCCCGAUGAUGGAGGAGCAGAGUCAGGACACUGCUGGAGGAGCACAGACCGCGAAAGAGGAGGAGGUGGACAAGGGGAACCUGGCAGAUAUGGCAGCUGUAGAUGCGGAUGCACAGGAGGAAGAUGAGGACGCUCUUCCUCACUCAGAGAUCCUGGAUAUUUUCGAGGAGGGACUCGCUCGACUCGUGCAGGACCCUUUACUCUGUGACCUUCCAAUUCAGGUUACUCUGGAGGAGGUAAAUUCUCAAAUUGCUUUAGAGUAUGGCCAGGCGAUGACCGUGAAGGUUUUAAAGGCAGAUGGUGAAAUAAUGCCCAUAGUGGUGGUGCAAAAUGCUACUGUCCUUGAUCUGAAGAAGGCCAUUCGCAGAUUCAUGGAGCUGAAACAACAACGUGAAGGUGGAGUGAAACAUGUCAGCUGGAGAUAUGUUUGGAGAACUUAUCAUUUAGUAUUUCAGGGGGAAAAGCUUGAAGAUGACAAGAUGAGGCUUAAAGACUACGGGAUCAGGAACAGAGAUGAAGUGACGUUCAUGAAGAGACUGAGGAAAAAGUGAAAUGUCCCCAAACCAACAUUUGUCAUGUCAGGAAAAAGAAACCCAGUUCCUACAGUGUGUACUGGUCCAGUUUCUCAGACUUGAAAUGACUUUGAACAAGUAUUUGUGCCAUAUUCAUGUUAUGGAUAUCUCUGUACACAUUAUAAACCCCAAAUAUUUAUCAUUAAAAAACCCACUUUACAAACUGUGCUGUUUCUUAAAGAGGCUACAUGUAAAUAAAAUAUCUGCAAUUCUGGA